AUGCCGGUAUCAGUGAACAAGAUCGACACGUCGGUCGUCGCCGAGACGCUGCGCCAGCAGAUUAGGGAAGACGUCGCCAUCGUGCCCGGCGCGCGGCCGCGCCUCGUCGGGUUUUUGGCCAACAAGGACCCCGCGGCGCGCAAGUACGCCGAGUGGACGGGCCGCGCCUGCACGAAGGACGGCAUCGACUACGUCCUCAAAGAAGUGGAAGCGUGCGACUUAGAAGGAGCGUUGAAGGAGGCGAACGAGGACGCGGGCGUGCACGGCGUCCUCCUGUGCAUAAUUCAAAAUUUCACGGCGCCUUCGUGCGGAAUCGUCGCGUCGACCUCCACGCCAUCGACGCGCCGCCUGCUCGAUAGCGUGGCGGUGCACCCGACUCACUGGUUGAUUUGCACACAGGCAUCCUCAUCUACUACCCCGUCUUCGGCGCGGAGCCGUCUUUUUAUGGAGGGUCCAUGGACGACCAGUUGAGGGACAACAUCGAGCCCACGAAGGACGUGGAAGGUCUGUGCAAGAAGUACCGCGACAAUCUCUAUAGGAACGUGAGGCGCGUCGACAAGUGGCGUAGAAGUGUAGUCCCCUGCACGCCUUUAGCUGUGGUGAAGUGCCUCGAGCACUGCGGCCAGCACACGGGCGCCAAGGAUAGCGGCAUGGCCGGGAAGGUCGUCGCCGUCGUUAAUAGAUCGGAGGUCGUCGGCCGGCCGCUGGCAGCCAUGCUCGCGAACGACGGCGCCACGGUCUACUCGAUAGACAUCGACUCCAUCUACGUCAUGGAGCGGGGCCGCAUGACGCGCACGGACGUGACGCCCGACGACGCGAUCAAGGCGGCCGACGUCGUCGUCCUCGGCGUGCCGUCGCCCCAGUACAAGCUGCCCGUGGCCACGCUCAAGAAGGGUGCGGUGGUGGUGAACGUGUCGGGCUUCAAGAAUCUGGGCGACGCGCAGGAGGGCGACGACGCCGACUACACGUACAUCCCGCUGGUUGGAAGGGUCACGGUGGCGUGCCUCGAGCGCAACUUAUUGACGCUCUACAAGCAGUACCACGUCGGCAAGAUCUCCCUGCGCUACCGCCUCGCCGAAGAAGUCUCGAAGCUCGGCGACGUCCUCGGCGACGAGGCGUCCGCGACGAAGCGCCACUACGUCCUCGCCGGCCUCGGCGUCGCCCUGCUCUACGCGUUCCUGAAGCGCUAG